UUGUAACAUUAGCUUGUUAUGUAGCCACCUAGCUAGAGAGGGGCGUGUUACCUGCUCGUUUGAGAAACAAUAGUUCAUCUUUCAACCUUUUUAAACACUCGUUUAUACACAUAAAGUCCACAGAGAGUGUGUCGCUUGUGUAUUUUACCCGCUGAGCUAAUUUCUAGGUCUUUUCAGAGCAGGGGACAACCUGGUAAUGCUAAUGUUAGCCGAGCAGCUAACUUCGGUAGCUAGCUAGUCGGCCCUGCAGCUAAUCGACCUCGGAGGUGAAGUGGACCUUGCAGCCACAGACUUCCAUCUGCAGGACGAGUUACACGGCAGCCAUGGCAUCGACCUGGCUCCGGUGUCUGUCCCGGGCUCAUGCAGCAGCCGCAGGCGGCUCGACCCGGACAUUAGCCGGCGUGUGCUGCAGGAGACAUGUCUGCAGUUCACCUUCAAGACGGCAGAGCUGCAUGUCAGCCUGGGUCGUGGACCAGUACGGCUCCAACGGGGUUCUGAGGUACACUGAGGAGGCCACUGCACCCACCGUCCGGUCCCCCACUGAGCUGACGAUCCAAGUCCACGCAGCCAGUCUGAACCCCCUGGAUCUGGCCAUGAGGGGUGGUUAUGGAGCAAAACUGCUGAAGUUAAGAAAGGAUCCGAUGUCUGUGAUGGACGGGGACAGUGAGUUUCCUGUGAUCCUGGGUCGGGAUGUGUCUGGUGUGGUGGUGGACUGUGGAGCGGAGGUGACACAUUUUGCUCCAGGAGAUGAGGUGUGGGCUGCUGUUCCUCCAUGGAAACAAGGAAGUCUGGCAGAAUUUGUGACUCUCACGGAGUAUGAGGUUUCCCUUAAGCCGGAAUUAGUGAGUCACACAGAGGCAGCGUCAAUCCCUUAUGUAGCCAGCACCGCUCUGUCCGCGCUGGUCAGUGGAGGUGGUCUCUGCAGAGAAAGCUCUUCAAAUAAAAGAGUUUUGAUCACUGGAGGAUCGGGAGGUGUCGGAACUUUCUCUAUUCAAUUAUUGAAGGCCUGGGGUGCCCACGUAACAGUCACCUGCUCCCAGAACGCAGAGGGCCUUGUCAGAGGGCUGGGAGCUGACGAGGUGGUGGACUACACAUCAGGAGAUGUUGCUGAACAACUAGAAAUGAUGGAGAAGUUCGAUGUGAUUUUGGACAACAUCGGUGGAGAGACGGAGCAGUGGGCGAUGGGCCUGCUGAAGCCCUGGUCUGGGGCAAAGUACAUAACGCUGGUUACACCUUUACUCAGUAACACCGACUCCUUGGGCCUGCUGGACGGGACAGUUAACGCUGGAAUCACCUUGUGCACCAAGGCCGUACAGAACAUUAUAUCGAGUGGAGUCUUCUACCGGUGGGGGUUAUAUGCUCCGGACGGACCCUUCCUGGACGAGGUCAGGAAACUGGUGGAUGCGGGGAAGAUCCUGCCAGUCGUGGAGGCCCAGUUCCCUUUCUCCCAGGUGCCCCAGGCUUUUCAGAAGCUGGAGCUGGGCCACGCCAGAGGGAAGACGGUCGUCAGGGUGGCUGAAAACGACACCAGACAGGCCGAGGAGCUGGUACAGGAUGUCUGCGCUGAGUCAGAGCGAGGAGCGCAGGGAACAGCUCAGCAGAACUAAUGAGGGGAAGCGGAUCACCAAGGGAAUAAAGCCUCUGGGAGUCUUCUCACCUUUAUGAGACGUUUGCUUGACAGCAUCGGAUUGUACUGUCCAAACAAAUCAGAGGUGCUGCUGUGGAGCGACAGACCACGAGCGUGAUCGCAGCUCGUAACGAGGAGGAGGCCAAAGACGGUUGUUCUUGUUAAAGAGAGGUUUUCACACGGUGCUUGAGUGAUGCUGUGUUUCUGUCAUGCUGAAGCUAAUAUAAAUAUCAACUGCAGACUAUAAGCUCAGCCAGGGGUUUGAACGCUUUCUGUCUGCUGCAUCCUACCAAACAAGGAGCUAGAGAAUAAUGAAUAUCAUACAGAGCUGGAGAUGUUUGUCAAUAGAUGCGUUUAUGUCCAGUACAAGAUGAAGCAGCACAAUAAGGCAGAUAACUAUUUACAUUAUUUUACAUUUGCACAGUCUCCAGGAGCACUUAUAUUCCCAUCAUGCAUCUCAUGUUAUUACUCUGCCUGUGAGGGGGAAAAAAAAAUAAUGGAACUUUAUCAGCUUCCACACUGUAGUGCCCCAUUUACCAGCUCAUUCUACUGUACAAUGUAUUUAUUGACAAAAAUACUUUUAUUUUGUUAGCAAAAGACAGGUGUGUGUAUGGUGUUGAUUAAACGAUAAAAGACAUUU